CCCGAGGCGGGGCCGGGCGCGGUAAAUAGGAGUGGGGGCGGCCCGGGGAAGCGACGGCGGCUGCUCUGGCACCGGCACUGGCACCGAGGCGACUCGCCCACGGCAGGCCCAGGCUCUCGGCGGCGGAGUUCGGUAAAUCUAGGACCCAGCUUUCAAAAUGUGGCAGCUCUUAGCCACCCUCAGCUGCCUGGUGGUGCUGACCAGUGCCCGGAACAGGCCGAAUUUCCCGCCCCUGUCGGAUGAGCUGGUCAACUACGUUAACAAACAGAAUACUACAUGGAAGGCUGGACACAACUUCUACAAUGUCGACCUGAGCUAUGUGAAGAGGCUGUGUGGCACCAUGCUCGGCGGGCCCAAGCUGCCCCAGAAAGUUUGGCUUGCUGACGACAUAGUUCUGCCUGAAAGCUUCGAUGCCCGGGAACAGUGGCCAAACUGCCCGACCAUCAAGGAGAUCAGAGACCAGGGUUCCUGUGGCUCCUGCUGGGCAUUCGGAGCUGUGGAAGCCAUUUCUGACCGGAUCUGCAUUCUUACCAAUGGGCAUGUCAACGUGGAGGUGUCUGCCGAGGACCUGCUUACCUGCUGUGGCAUCCAGUGUGGGGAAGGCUGUAAUGGGGGCUUUCCCUCUGGAGCUUGGAACUUCUGGACAAAACAAGGCUUGGUUUCCGGUGGCCUCUAUGACUCCCAUGUAGGUUGCAGACCCUACUCCAUCCCUCCCUGUGAGCACCACGUGAAUGGCUCCCGGCCCCCAUGCUCAGGGGAGCAGGGGGACACCCCCAAGUGCAGCAGGAUCUGUGAGCCUGGCUAUAGCCCAUCCUACAAAGAAGACAAACACUUCGGAUGCAGUUCCUACAGUGUCCCCAGCAGCGAGAAGGAGAUCAUGGCGGAAAUCUACAAAAAUGGCCCUGUGGAAGCGGCCUUCUCCGUGUACUCGGACUUCCUGCUCUACAAGUCUGGAGUGUACCAACACGUCACUGGAGAAAUGAUGGGAGGCCAUGCAGUCCGCAUCCUGGGCUGGGGAGAGGAGGACGGCACCCCCUACUGGCUGGUUGGCAACUCCUGGAACACUGACUGGGGCGACAACGGCUUCUUUAAAAUCCUCAGAGGAGAGGAUCACUGUGGAAUUGAAUCGGAAAUCGUGGCUGGACUCCCAUGCACUGAGCAGUACUGGAAAAGGAUCUAAUCUGCUGUGGGCCAGUCCAACCAGCCCUGGGGCAGUUUUUCCCUAAAUAGAGCCAGUAGGGCUGGGGAUGAGAUGAGGGAUGGGAAUGUCUUUUAUUUUUUGAGUUCAAAUAGGAUACAAGAGGUUUUAGACAGGGCCUGAAGGACUGGAUUGGGCCAAACCUCGUGUCUGCCAUGAGAGCUGUCUUCCAAGGAGACACAUCCAAGGCCUGGCUACCUCCCAGCCUGUUCAGUGGACUGCUGUCACAAUGCACAUGAACCAGGGAGGCCACUGCUGCAAGCAGAGCAAGUCCUGCCCCCGUAGACUAGUGCUGCUCCGGCUGUUGCUACAACUAUCUCCACGUCUUUCCCCAUCCAUGCGUCACCAGGGAGCAUAACACACCUAGAGCGUUUGUAGGUUUUCCAAAGGGAUGGAAGGCACAGUUCCUGACAAAACAGCUUCCCACCCGCCGGCAAUACCUCUAAGUAGCUUUCUAGAUUUGGAAAUAGGUUGAGAAGACAGUUGGGCAGUCCUUUGGAGAAAGCUAUUCUCCCAGGACAUCUGCAUCUGAUGAGCUUUGCAGUGUUGCUAAUCUCCUCUGGUCUAAUCCUUGGCAUGAUUCUUUUUUAAUAGAAGUUUUAUUUUUUCUGCACCUCCGCUGAUCACGUGAACAAGAGUCUAAUAGUUGGAAGAGCUGUACUAGUUUUACAGACUGUCUCCUGAACACAGAACUGGGUGGUUGUGACUUGACCAACCUACCGACUUGUACUACCACUAGUUUGGGAGAAACCAGAUCUGUUUAAAAAUCACGCUUCACCCUGUUAAUUUAACAAGGAAAGGAAUGACUGUGCCAAUAAAAGAUUUCUCCUUCCAUGUAAA